AUGGUUCACCUGAAGCACCAAGCCUCGCACUGCCCUCGCUUCGCUGCCUUAAGCGCUCGCCGCGGCACUGAAAUGGUUAAAGCUCAACGUGUUCAGAUCCGGGAUCAGAUCCUGGAUCAGGUUCCAGCUUCGGAGUUUGGCGCUUUGUGCGAAGCGGCCCUGCUAGCCCCUCCUCGGCCUUGUGGCCCUAGGCAGUUCCAGUCAUCGGUGCCCCGCCAACUCCCCGGGAGGGUCCUGCAUUUCUGGAGCUUUUCGGUUGAGCUCCAGCAGAAAACCCGGGAGCAAAUGCUGGUGCUUCCUCUGAAUGUUAAGAUCACUUGCCCUUUGCGCCGCAACGUUGGCGCGUGUCAUGUUCCAGCUCCUGACGUCGUGUAG